AUCGGAGUUAAACAUUGACAGAAGUUUACUGAUCCACCUGAAAACACCUGAAACUCUCGGCUUCUCUCUGCUGCAGCUUUCACUCUCAGGUUGAAAUCGAACGUUGAACUUCUGUCGGAUUCUUUCAGGCUUCAGGACUUUUUCUCUCCAGACGCAGCAAAGAACCAACAAUGGACAAAGUGUCGCAGAUGAUUUCCUGCUUGUUGCUGAUUGUCGGAGCCGUGACGGCAGAGACCGUUUCAGAUCAGAAUCUGUCCGCCGAGCGUCUCCUGCCUCAGUGGCUCGUCGGCAUCAUCGCGGUCGCUGUCUUCCUCUUCCUGUCGUUCGUGGCGCUGCUGGUGAAGAAGGCCUGGUGUGAAGAGUCCAACAGGAGGACGAAGUCUGAGAGAGAAUCUGACCUCGUGCUGACCAACGGGAACACGUACGACACGAGCCUGGACACGGUCAGGAGCAAAGACGUCAACGUGUACGACAACCUGGAGAUCGACAGCUCUGAUGACAAAGUUACUCCCAUGUGACCAACCGCAAUGAUCCUAUUGGCUCUCGUCCUCCUCACAACUCGUGAGGAGGACACGUUGUCUUUAAGGAAUAAGACAUUAUAUAUUAUAUAAAACAAAACCUUUCUGUGAAGAAUCUGUGAUUUGUUAUCAUCACUCGUUUCACUGAAUGAAAUGUUUCUUAUAAAAUGCACGUCUGACUUUUUCAUGUUUACUCUAGAUUUAGAGACGUCAUGUGAUCUGUCACGUGAUCUGUCAUGUGACCUGUCACGUGAUCCGUCAUGUGACCUGUCACGUGAUCCGUCAUGUGACCUGUCACGUGAUCUGUCACAGUCAUGUGUGCUGACUAAUAAAUGAUUA